CUCUUCUUCCGCCGCACUUCCAACACUGUAUACAUACGCUUGGGUUUUAAGUCCUUGCAAACGUAGAAGCUUUGGUAUAGAAGGUUCGUCUAGACUACGUUCAGAGCUUCUCUCUUCUUCAGACUAGGUGGAGCAGGCCCGGCGGCUAGGGGCAGGCCAUGGCGUCGAAGCGCAUUCAGAAGGAGCUGCAGGACCUGCAGAAGGACCCGCCCACCUCGUGCAGUGCGGGCCCUGCGGGCGAUGAUCUCUUCCACUGGCAGGCCACCAUUAUGGGCCCCAGCGACAGCCCCUACGCGGGAGGCGUGUUCUUUGUAAACAUUAUGUUCCCUCCGGACUACCCGUUCAAGCCCCCGAAGGUGACCUUCCAGACUAAGGUGUACCACCCCAACGUGAACAGCCAGGGCAGCAUCUGCCUGGACAUUCUCAAAGACCAGUGGAGCCCUGCCCUGACCAUUUCCAAGGUGCUGCUCUCGAUCUGCUCCUUGCUCACGGACCCCAACCCCGAUGACCCGCUUGUGCCGGAGAUCGCGCACAUCUACAAGACCGACCGCCGGCGGUACGAGGAGACGGCGCGCGAGUGGACCCGCAAGUAUGCCAUGGGCUAAGCGCGGGCGGCCCGCGUUGGGAGGAGGGUGGAGGCCUAGCAGCAGCGGCAGCGCAGAGGAGGCAGCUGGCGUGGCGUGACCCCCUCAUCCCGCGAACCGGCGGGCGAAGGCGGCUGAGUGUAGCCGGCGGAGGAGCGAGGGGCUGGAGCAGACUUCUUGGCUGCUGUGUAGGGUGGGAAUGAACGCGGUGGCCGGAAGGAUCCACUGGCCAGAAGGACCUUGGGCUCGCGAGGAAUCAGGGCAAGCUGGCAAGGCAGGCCGCUUCUGGCCGGGUCCCGCUGAUGCGGUCGCGAGCAGCAGCAACUUCAGCAGCAGCAACUUCGCGGCCAGCCGGCGUGGGAGCAAGCACCGAGCUGCAGCAGCAGAGGCGGCGGCGACGUCCGUGGUGCCGGAGGCUUUUGCAAACGAGGCGCAUCGACUGACGGAUGUACUACUAGCGGCGGAGCGGUUUCGUGGCGGCGUUGAGGGUGGGGGAUAGCAGCGUCAGCAGCGCGGCGGUUGCCCAAAAAAUGAAUUAGAUAGGCCGGCACUAGGUUUGGGCGCACUUAGGUCGCGGUCAUUGGGCGGCAGCUGCAUGUCGAUGGGUGUGUGUUUGGGUGUGAUUGGGUCGGGUGAGCAGCAGUGGCGGAGAGCUGGGGGCCAACGCAGCGAUUCUGCUCGGGUCCUAGAGAGGCGUUGACGCGGGCUGCAGCCUAUGGAGGAGUGCGGCUGUGUACACAACAAUGCACGACGGCAGCACGGGGGCCCUCUGCUCGCCGUGGUCUUGCCCGGGGCAGCCCGCACGGGCGGAUGGUGCCAACGGAAAUCCCCCAGGGGGGAUACACCGAGCCGGAGAACCGAAGUGUAAGCGUAGAUCUUU